GGGGUUGAGAUUUGUAGAGAAUCAGAGAAAGAGGAGAGACGGGGGAAGAGGAGGGAAAGGGAGGGGGGGGCGGGCGGCCGGCGGCACGCCUGCCGGUGCAGGUCCCAGCGGUAGGGGUUUGGGGACCGGCGGCAUGGCUGGGGUGGUGGCUGAUGGGGUGGUGGCUGGGGUUUGGGGUUUUUUUUUUAAUUUUUGUUUAUUUUUUUUUAAAAAAGGACCAAUUAGAAGGUGACAUGUGACAAGUGAUGGGGUCAACUAACGACCAACUAACGGUACUGACGGUCAACUAACGGAAAUGGCAUAUGAUGAUAUUGUACUAAACCUCAGUGGCAUUUGGUGAAUUUUGAAAAACGCGAUGCCAUUUGGUGAAUUUUUUAAAUACUCAGCGGCAUUUCCUGAAAUUGCCGAAAAAAAAACAUGAGGGUUGAAGUAUGAUCAGGGUCCUUUUUUUACCUUUAAAAAAGAAAAAAAUUUAAUCAUACCGAGUAGUACGACUUUCGAAUAUAUCUUUAAACACCUUGCAGGGAAAUUGAAAGUUUGAAACUGCAUUACUGCACAAAACUUGUUCAAACCCUGACUAUCGACAUCACUGAAAUUACUCCGUACUUCACUUCUCAGUUCUUAUUCAUAAGCCUUCAACUACCAGUCUGCCAUAAUGAGUCGCACUCCAGAGAUUCUCUGGGCUCAACGCUCUGAUAAGAUCUAUUUGACAGUUUCAUUGCCUGAAGCCAAAGAUAUCGUAGUGAAGAGUGAGCCUGAUGGACUAUUUAAGUUUUCAGCCACUGGACCACAAGAAGAGAAGUAUGAAUUUACUCUGGAUCUAUAUGGAGCCAUAGCACCUGAGGGGUGUAAAGCUAAAACAGGAUGGAGGAAUAUAUUGUGCUCGAUACAGAAAGAGCAGAGAGGCUGGUGGAAAAGACUUCUAAAAUCAGAAGAGAAAACUCCUCCGUAUCUGAAAGUUGAUUGGAAUAAAUGGUGUGAUGAAGAUGACGAAGAGUCAGACUCUGAGUUGGCCUACAAUGAUGAUACUGAUGCGGAUAAUGAUGGAGAAAGCAGUGAUGAUGAUGGAUUACUUUAUCUUCCCGACUUGGAGAAAGCUCGAGGAUAAUUCCUGCAAGCAACGAUGCUGAGGUAGCGAAAAUUCUCUGGGAAACAUUCAACUGCAUUAUCUAUGCAACUAGCGCUCCCAAUUGACUUUCUGUAGUCUAUAAAAUGCGUGAUAUAACCUUUAGAUUAGGUAGCGACGAAGUGUUAGGAUUCUGUUAGUGCAAGUAAUAUUCUCUGUAAAUUGACCUAGAAGGAUAGAACUUGAUGUUGGUAGAUUAAAGACAGCUGUGCCUUUCUGAGAAUCUCACGUUCUUAUUGGUCUCUAUAUGGUGUAAACUCAAGUGCAUGUAAUUUAGAUUUCUUAAGAGUGCAGUAUGAAAAUGAUGAAUUUGGUGUUCUAUAACCUUUAGAUAUAAUUCCAAAGCUACAUACUUUAGGAACAUUCAUUAA